UUAAACGCAUUUAUCAAGACAGGACCACGACUCACGAUUUGCUUUUGCAAUAUCGAAUUUAAUGAUAGAAAGAUCUUUUCAAUCAAAUUCGUGUGCCAGUUAAAUAACAUUCUGUUGUGCUAAACAAAUAUGUAAGAUAAUAAUUAUUAAAUAGAAAAAAGGAACGUUCAAUAGAGAAUCAUGGUGAAGUAGUGCGGUAAGCCUACACUGUCAGCACUACACAGGUCAUUUCCGUGACCAACUGGGUAAAUAUUUAUACCUUCAAAAUCCUACACUGCUGCUGUGCUAGAUGAAAAAGUACAACUACAGUAAACUUAAUCAACGGGAUUUGGAAGGGAAGGUUGGCUUCGCCUCUCCAGCGACGGUUAGCACUAACGGUGCCACUGUUAUCGACACCGGAAUGUAUCUAAGAGACUGGCGCCAGGCGUUGCGCACUCCGCCAUCGUACAGAUUAGGCAAUCGCACCAUCCGGCUACAGGUGCAUUUGAUAUGGCCGUUGGCAGUGCUGGGAGCGAUAGUAGUUCUGCUAGUGUACAUUAUUAGCAGUUCGCCUUUAUCGAAUGGACCAAGCAUUCACGAAUUGGACAAAAGCUCCAUGAUUUUAUAUAAUCACACUUAUCCACUGAGUAGUCCCAUUGUUAGUAAUGGAAUGUACACAUAUCGGAUAGGAAUCAUUGCCGAUUUAGAUACUAGUUCACGAGUCGAUGGAAAGGAUACUUGGAGCAGUUUUCUGAUGAAGGGUUAUCUCAGUUAUGUUCCUUCUUCAGGGACGGUUACAGUUUCGUGGGACGAAACGGGACCGAAACAAUUGAAAUCCAGUUUUUCAUUGAAAGGUCGCGGUAUGGAAUUGUCCGAGUUGGUAGUGUUUGACGGAAAGCUACUGACGUUUGACGAUCGAACUGGUUUGGUGUACGUGAUUGAUCAGGACAAUAUCUAUCCGUGGCUACUAUUAAUGGACGGUGAUGGAAAGGCAAACAAAGGGUUCAAAUCAGAAUGGGCUACCGUGAAGGAUCAGGUGCUGUACGUAGGUUCAAUGGGCAAAGAAUGGACUACGGCAAGUGGUGACUUCGAAAACAACAAUCCUAUGUUUGUGAAGGCAGUUACAGUGCAUGGGGAGAUUUAUCACUUGGACUGGUCAUCUAAUUUCAAAAAUCUUCGCAAUGCCAUUGGUAUUGAAUGGCCCGGUUAUAUGAUUCACGAAUCCGGCGUGUGGUCAAGUGAGUUGAGACGUUGGUUUUUCCUGCCGAGACGUUGUUCGAAAGAACGCUACAAUGAAACACGAGACGAGCACAUGGGAUGCAAUUAUCUUAUCUCUGCUGAUGAGUCGUUUCAUUCCAUCAAGCCAGUUGAACUGAAACGGAGAAAUGCUUCUCCGACGCACGGCUUCUCAAGCUUCAAGUUUCUUCCAAACUCAGACGAGAGGAUUAUAGUAGCUUUGUCGACCGAAGAGCUGAAUGGUAAAACAUCAAGUUUUAUCAGUGUUUUCGACACAAGCGGAGAAAUGUUAAUGCCGGAAACAAAGAUACCAACAAACUACAAGUUUGAAGGCCUAGAGUUUAUUUAGAAUGCGAUUCGAAUGUAAAAUAUCCAAAGUCGACCUAGAAAGGGCAAAAUCGAGUGUAAAUAGUAGCAAGCAAAUCUUGAUGUGUAGAUAUUCGCAUAAAGUAUCACGAAAUAGUAUUACGAAGAGUUCACUAACCACCAAGUCACUGAUUUUUUUUUUUGGUUUGCUAAGGAACGCACGAAAAUUAGAGAAUUCAAUAGUCAUGUUAUAUCCUCCGUUACAAGCAAUGAAAUUCAAGUUAGCAGGCUUCAAUUGUUUGUUCAUAAUGUGAUAUUUACUUUCAAAUUAAAUAGAAAGCUUUAUUCAAAAACAUAA